UCCAAUGUUUCUCACAUCCCACAGAAACAAACUCUCUCUCAAGUCUCUAAACCUCUAACUAACCCACCAUUCAACAAGAUGGCAAUGACCCAACUCACCAUUCUCAUUUCUUUUCUCCUCCUUCCACUGGCCUUCCCCUCAUUCGCCACUUCCGCAGAGACCCCAACCACAACUGUGGAAAAGCAUGUAGAUGUAGUUGUGGAGGGCAUGGUCUACUGCCAGAUCUGCGAUCACCUUGGAAAGUGGUCUCUGGCUGGAGCUGAGCCCAUUCCUGCUGCUAAGAUUAGUGUUGUCUGCAAAGACCACAAAAACCAAGUCAGCUACUAUAAGGCAUUUGAAACCAAUGCACAUGGGUACUUCUAUGCCCAGCUUCAAGGCUUCAAGAUGAGCCAUUCCUUAUUGGAUCACCCGCUCCAGGCGUGCCAUGUGAAGCUGGUUUCAUCUCCUCUUGCAAAUUGCAACCUCCUCUCCAAUGUCAAUUAUGGACUCAAUGGCUCCCCACUCCGUUAUGAAGACAAGAGACUCAAUGGCAAGAGUUAUGAGGCUGUGAUUUAUGCUGCAGGUCCCUUAGCUUUCCGUCCCGCUAAUUGCACUCCAAGUACUCCACCAUAAGUUGACCAUCAGUGAUCCUUAACUUCAGAUUUGUUGAGAUCUUGUGUUUUCAAGUUUCUGGACUGUUUC